AUGGCUGUGCAGGAAAGAUUCCCAGGGACAGAAAAGAGGAACGUUGAAAACACAUUUUGGAACCAAUUGCAGAAUGAGGAAGAGCCUGGAGAGCCAGAACAGGCUGUAGGUGACGCUCCUCCACCUUACAGCAGCAUCUCUGCAGAGAGUGCAGCAUAUUUUGACUACAAAGAUGAGUCUGGAUUUCCAAAGCCUCCGUCUUACAAUGUGGCAACAACACUGCCCAGUUAUGAUGAAGCUGAGAGAACAAAGGCUGAGGCUACUAUCCCCUUGGUUCCUGGAAGAGAUGAAGAUUUUGUGGGUCGGGAUGACUUUGAUGAUGCUGACCAGCUGAGGAUAGGAAAUGAUGGGAUUUUCAUGUUAACUUUUUUCAUGGCAUUCCUCUUUAACUGGAUUGGAUUUUUCCUGUCUUUUUGUCUGACCACCUCAGCUGCAGGAAGGUAUGGGGCCAUUUCAGGAUUUGGUCUCUCUCUAAUUAAGUGGAUCCUGAUUGUCAGGUUUUCCACCUAUUUCCCUGGAUAUUUUGAUGGUCAGUACUGGCUCUGGUGGGUGUUCCUGGUUUUAGGUUUUCUCCUGUUUCUCAGAGGAUUUAUCAAUUAUGCAAAAGUUCGGAAGAUGCCAGAAACGUUCUCAAAUCUCCCUAGGACCAGAGUUCUCUUUAUUUAUUAAAGAUGUUUUCUGGCAAAGGCCUUCCUGCGUUUAUGAAUUCUCUCUCAAGAAGCAAGAGAACACCUGCAGGAAGUGAAUCAAGAUGCAGAACACAGAGGAAUAAUCACCUGCUUUAAAAAAAUAAAGUACUGUUGAAAAAGAUCAUUUCUCUUUAUUUGUUCCUAGGUGUAAAAUUUUAAUAGUUAAUGCAAAAUUCCAUAAACUUUGAAUCAUUAGUGGUUAAUGUUUGAAAAAGCUCUCGCAAUCAAGUAUGUGAUGUAUUAAUAAUGCCUUAUCUAUUGUUUGUAGUUAUUUUAAAUAGCAUGAGCCUUGUCCCUGUAGUCAGUAGGGGGCAAUCUUGCUUUAUUCAUCCUCCAUCUCAAAAUGAACUUGGAAUUAAGUAUUUUAGUGUAAGAUAUGUAUAAUGCUGGCCAUUUUAAAAGGGAUUUUCUCAAAAGUUCAGAUUUUUGUUAUGACUGCAUUUCUACGCAUAAUCCAUACUUGCUGUUAAAAUUAAUCUAGAAGUUUAUUCAGUUGUACUGUGAACACCUGGAAGCAAAAUCAUAGUGCAAAAUGCAUUUAAGGUGUCGUCAGGAUUAAGUUAAGUUCUUAAUUGGUGAAUAAUAAGCAUUAAUUUUUUAUAGUCUGUAUUCUAAAUUUUGCAGUACCUUAUUGUUCUGUGUUAUGUACCUAAGAAAUUGUAAAGGUGUUGUCACUAUAAAAUAAAAAGGACAAGGACAAUUGCAGCUUAAUUACUAAAAUACAGUUGAUACUUUAUUAUUAAGAGUUCUACCCUUUCUUUCUUUCUUUCUUUCUUUCUUUCUUUCUUUCUUUGUCUCCUGAUGAUUAGGCCAGGGGCUGGAGUAGGGAGGGUAUUAGAUACUAAGGAGCAAAGAAAGAAUUAGUUUGGAACUUUUGAGAUGAUCCCUAACAUACUGUAGUACUACUUGCUUUUAUAAUGUGUUAGCAGAAACCGAUGAGUUAUAAAUGUAGAAUGAUGUGCUUUCUGCCAAGUGGUAAUUCACCUUGGUUUGCUAUGUUAAAACUGUAAAUACAACAGAACAUUAAUAAACGUCUCUUGUGUAGCA